CUAAAGAAGAAGAAGUUUGCCGACCCGAUUAUUUUUCGAAUGCACAUGGCUGUCGCUAUCGUUGAGGUGUCAGAAUAUAUCUCAGUUACAGAUGCAGAAUUAUGAAACGAACUCAUUUCUGUGUAAUGUAUUUGGAUACUUAAAUUAUUCGUCAGAUCAAACCAAACAACCAUCUACACGGAUAUAAAUCCAACAUAACCGUCGGAUGUUAGCUAAUGAAAGGUAUUUAUGCUAGCUAGCUAAUAUAACGUUGCAACUAAAGUGGACGAAUGUUUUGUCCCGUUGACAAGCUGUUUAUUGUUCUUGUUUUAACCACAUGCGUGUAAGCUGGGUUGUCAGUUUCUUUGGCUUAACCCUGGGUCUUGAUCACGAGGGUGCUAUUUAUGUUGCUGCUAUGUAGCUAGAUGUAAUGUAACGUUAUUCAUCCGGAGAUGUGCGUUGGUACGUUUUUAUCUAUUUAUGUUGUAACACUAUUGAAGGUGCGUAAGCUCUGAAUGAUGGACCUGAAGGUGUUACCUUUGGACAUUGGCGACACAGGAACGCAGAGAUGCAGGCUAGGGCCAGGUUUAAUGACAUCCCUGGGACUAAGGAUUGGGUCCCCGGUUCAUAUUACCAUCUCUGGAGGGGAAUGCCUAUGUACUGCGUGGCCAAGGAGUGACCUUGCAGAUGGAUUUCUACAGUUCGACAGAAAAUGCACAACAAAGGAUCUGAAAGCAGUCACAUUCAGCGACCUGUCUGUCUGUCCAAAGCAGAUCAAAGCAAUAUGUUCUCAAAAACUUAAAGGUGUGAGAGUAAACGUAGUUGUUCAAAGCAUAGAUGUUAAGAAACAUGCCUCUGCUAGUUUUAUUCAUGACCUUGUGAAAGAGAUGCUUCGAGGAAUGUGUGUAGCAGGGCAAUAUAUUGUUGAUGUUACUCAUUUGAAAACACAGGUGCAGUUAAUUCUAAUUGAGCAUCUAGAUCCGUGCAACGCCGACACUGGCUUCAUCACUGCUAAAACCAGCGUGAGCAUCGGAGCGAUCCAGACUCUCAACAGCUACAAAUGCCAGCUGCAGAAACCGCCUGGUGUCUUAUUGGGAGGAAUGGAGGAUGUCUGUGCAUCACUGAAAGAAAUUGUCCAUUUGCCCCUCCGCUACCCAAGAACACUGCAAAAGUUGGGUGUUUCUUGUCCAAGGGGCGUCCUCCUUGUUGGUCCUCCAGGGGUUGGCAAGACCAUGCUGGUGAGAAAUGUGGUGAUGGAAGUUGGUGCCGCUUUGGUAACGGUUAAUGGGCCUGUGGUUCUGGGGUCGAGGCCUGGAGAGAGUGAAGAAAACCUACGGAGGAUGUUCAGACGAGCGAGCGAGGCCGCCCAGGAAGGGCCCUGCGUCCUGUUUAUCGAUGAGAUAGAUUCGUUGUGCCCGAGGCGAGCUAGCUCAACUAGUGCACCUCAGAACAGGGUGGUAGCACAGCUGUUAACACUGAUGGAUGGCAUUGGCAGUGAUGAAAGUUUUGUUAUCAUUGGAGCCACCAACCAGCCAGACACGUUAGACCCUGCCUUGAGACGACCUGGAAGAUUUGACCGAGAGGUCAUCAUUGGUGUGCCAACACUUCGCCAGAGGAAGUCCAUCCUGGACGUGCUCGGUUCUCAGAUGCCUCUCUCCGACGAUGUGGAUUUUGUUUCAUUAGCAGAAAUGACCACAGGCUGUGUGGGAGCUGACUUAAGUGCUCUGUGCAGAGAAGCUGCUUUACAAGCCAUUCUACACAGCCCCCAGGGUUUUCCGAGGCAUGCAGUAGAUAUGAAACAUUUCCUUGAAGCCUUAAAGAAGAUUCAACCCUCCUGUCUUAGGAGCAGCAUCGGCCUAACCGAUUUCAAACCGCUCUCCUGGGAUCAAAUCGGCGGUUUGGAAGAUGUCAAACUAAAACUGAAACAGAGCAUUGAAUGGCCAAUGAAGUUUCCGGAAGCCUUCGUCAGGCUUGGUCUGUCCCGGCCACGAGGUGUCCUGCUGUACGGUCCUCCUGGAUGUGCCAAAACUACCCUUGUGAAAGCUGCUGCCUCGUCCUCGCACUGUGCUUUCCUGUCCGUCAGUGGGGCUGACCUCUUCUCGCCGUUUGUUGGAGAUUCAGAGAAGGCCCUGGCUCAGCUCUUCCGUCAGGCUCGAGCCUGUGCCCCUUCCAUCCUCUUCCUGGACGAGAUUGACAUCUUGGGCUCGCGUGGGGACAGCAGCGCGCCCCACAGUGUCCAGGCCCGGCUGCUGUCUGUGCUGCUGAAUGAGCUGGACGGCGUCGGACUGAAGACCCAGGAGAGGAGAGGGACGCAGAGGGAGAGGUGCCCACCCGAGGGGUCCCCGCCCGAGGGGUCUGCUGAGUUCCAGCAGGAGCUGCAGAUGAGCUACCAGGAAGUAUGCAAUAAGGAUGUGAUGAUUGUAGCUGCCACUAACAGGCCUGAGGCCCUGGACAGUGCUCUGCUGCGACCGGGUAGGCUGGACAAGAUCAUCUGUGUGCCGCCCCCAGACAUGGAGGCCCGGCUGGCCAUCCUGGAGAUCUGUACAAGGAGGAUGCCUCUAGAGUCUGAUGUCUGUCUGAAAGAGCUGGCACAGAAAACCCAUCUGUUCUCUGGGGCUGACUUGGAAAAUCUCUGUAAAGAGGCUGCUCUGCUGAUACUGCAGGAAGAGGGCAUGGACGCAUCCAGCAUAAAACACAGAUACUUCAUUAAAUCACUGCAAAGUAUGACUCCUUCCCUCAAGGACCAGCAAAUACAGCGCUAUCAGAACCUGUUCACAAGUUGAAACUGGACACCUGCAUUCAUUCUUUUUUUGCGUUUUUUGAUAAAAAGAUGUCUAUUUUAGUAUUUACUAUAAAUGGUAUAAUUUUAAGAAUUUUGAGAAACACAAACCUGUGGGAUUAUUCCAAUGGCAAGACCUGUUGUCUUCAAUAAAGAAAAUAACCUGUGGAGUUAAUGCUUAAAUUCUGUUUGUUGAUUCUUUAACACAAGUAGUGUCUCAAUGCGCAACAUUGCAUUUUGAAAUGGCCUGAUCAGGAGACUAGAGGUUAUGCUGCUAGAUGGCUCAUCCUGAUGAUUCAAACUGUUUGCUCAACCACAUGUAAGACCAGCUUUCACUAUAAAGCAGUCUAGUUGAAAACGUUGCGGGAUAGUUAAUAGUGCUGCUCAAGGGCAUGGAUGGAUCCCACAGCCUGGUACUGAGUCUGGUCCAUGCCCACCUGCUGUGGGUCAGAAGACCUGUGGGGCAAUACGCAAUUGGCUGUAACAUUGCCUGGGGCUCAAGACCUUGGCUGGGUGAGAUUCCCUCUUAACACAUUCCCUCCCCUUGCGGUUUUCCCUCGAGGGAGGCAUUUCCCAACUGAAUUUGUGAUACACAACAAGCAAACUUACCCGGUGUUAUGCAAGCAAAACUAAACCCCCCUCACAACCUAUCGGCUCUGCGCAAGCAUUUUCUUACUCUUGUCUCAAGCAUGGAAUAUUGCAUUAUGAGAUUUCCCUUCUUGCUGGAAGCUUGCAUUGUAUACCCUUGGUGUAUAAAAUGAGGGAGUAAUGGAAUAUAAUGGCUGUCUAGCCUUUCAUAACUCGGACCUGACCCCCACUUCACCUGGCCUCCAUGUUUCAAAGGGCUUCCCCCCCUGAAGUAAGGGAAGGAAACAUCAGGAAGAAAGCAUACAAGGUCUGAGGUCCUGGACAGUGCUCUGCUGCGACCGGGUAGGACAAGAUCAUCUGUGUGCCGCCCCCAGACAUGGAGGCCCGGCUGGCCAUCCUGGAGAUCUGUACAAGGAGGAUGCCUCUAGAGUCUGAUGUCUGUCUGAAAGAGCUGGCACAGAAAACCCAUCUGUUCUCUGGGGCUGACUUGGAAAAUCUCUGUAAAGAGGCUGCUCUGCUGAUACUGCAGGAAGAGGGCAUGGACGCAUCCAGCAUAAAACACAGAUACUUCAUUAAAUCACUGCAAAGUAUGACUCCUUCCCUCAAGGACCAGCAAAUACAGCGCUAUCAGAACCUGUUCACAAGUUGAAACUGGACACCUGCAUUCAUUCUUUUUUUGCGUUUUUUGAUAAAAAGAUGUCUAUUUUAGUAUUUACUAUAAAUGGUAUAAUUUUAAGAAUUUUGAGAAACACAAACCUGUGGGAUUAUUCCAAUGGCAAGACCUGUUGUCUUCAAUAAAGAAAAUAACCUGUGGAGUUAAUGCUUAAA